AUGCACCAAGGCAUUGGGGAGGCCGAAAGCCACCCCAGUCUCGCCUACAACAUUUCUGAGUAUACGUCAAUGGAAGGGGAAAAGAAAGACAUCAGUCAACUUCCGAAACACUUCCAUUGGGGUGAAGUGGGGCCUCACACAAUUGAGUUAGAAUGGGAAGUCGAAAAAUUAAGUUCAAACUACGCGGACUCAAUUGCACUAAUUGCAGAGCCAGCUUCUUCGGUUGCUUCACCCAAACGUAAAGAAGAGGAUUUUGAGCUUGGGAAACUCGCUCUUGAUGGUUUAUAUCCUAAGACAUUAUAUAAUGUGACUAUGGAGGUACUCAGAAAACACGACCUUCUUAAAUCGUCAAAGGGACAAAUUGAAACAAAGCCCACUGGAACGGAAAAAAGCGUUGACACAACUAGUGCAUCUGCCUUAACCUCCGUAAUCUCUGCACUAGUGUUUGUUUGCAUCGCAGUAGUCCUUGCUUGA